CGUCGCUCAUGUCACUGCACCUGACCGGAAACCUGCUGUCGAUGCAUGCAUGUGAUGCCUGCCUGUACUCCGCGUUGUUUAUACGGGUAUGGAAACCGUAACAAGAUCACCAAUGGCUGGGAAAGUCUAUUUAGCCCCACGGUCGCUGAUUGACUCUCAGCUAUCAGUCCUUUGUGCCAAGCUAUUUCCAGCCUCGUCUGCAACUGAGUUGACAAGUGAUAGCGCAAAGACGAAAUCUGGAAACAAGCGAGUUCAGACAGCGAGUCCAAGCCCCCCAUCCAGUGAAAAGCCAGCUGUUAAUGGACGUGUGGAAGGAUUGCGCAACAGUGAUGCAGAGCUCAUGGAGUUGCAGACUGCGCGGUCUGUGGAGCCUGCGGUGGAUGUAUUGAAUCUUAAGAAAAUGAAUGAGGACUUACGGUCUCAGGUACAAGCCAAAGAGGUAGAGAUGGAGAUAGAGAGAAGGAAGUGGGAGGCGGCGGUCGUGAGGCUGCAAUACGAGCGGGAUCAGGCACGAGCUCGGCUGGCCGCAGCGAAAGACAAGCUGCAAGGUGGCGAAGAUAAGAUUGGCUUGGGUGAGACCCUCGUUGAGAGGGUGAAAGAGGAGAAGGAGGCCACGUUGAUCAAACUCCACAGGAUGCACGAGGCAGCGGAGACUAUGGUGAAAGCAGUGAAGAAAGAGAAGGAAUUGGUCCUGGCUGAUGUGGAACGGACGCAAAAGGAAGCCGAAGAGACGCGGAGUGUGUUAGCCAAAGAGGCGGGGUUGGAGGAGCUGGCAAGGUCUCAGAAAGAGUUGAGACAAUUGCUGGAGAAGGCGAAAAGAGAAAAGGAGGGUUCGAUGGAAGAAAUGGAGAAGAAGGCGGAAGCGUACAUGGAUAUGGCGAGGAAAGAGAGGGAGGCUGUUGUGGGGGACAUAAGGAGGAUGGAAGUGACAGUGGGAGGGUGGCUGGAAACCGCCAGGAAGGAGAACGAGAUGGUCAUGAGGGAGCUGGAACGAGUGCGGCUGAAUGCGGAAAUGCUGCUGGAGAAAAUCAAGAAGGAGAAAGAGGCGGCCUCUCACAAAGUGAGGAGGAUGUUCGAAGGCGGUGAGGAGAUGCUGGAAGCAGUGAGAAGGGGAAGGGAUGCAGGAAAGGCAGAGAUUUUCAAGUUGCAAACAGUGCUCAAAGAGGUGCAGAAAAAAGUUGGAGGAGUGAAAAGAGGGUUGGCAGGGGGGCUACCUCUGUUUUCGAGCAGGAAGCUGGGAGGUGGAAGAGACGAAAAGAGGGCGAGGGGAGGAGACCGAGGAAGCAAAGGAGUGGCUGGCUCUGCAGAAGAGGGGGAUAUGGUGAGGCGAGGCAGUGGCGCUAUGGGGGGUUGGCUUGAAGAGAACGGUGUAGGUAGUUACGAGGCGUUAGGGAAGGAGAUGGCAGGUCCGAGAGUGGGCGGACCUGGCGGUGACGAAGGUGGAUGCAAUUCUAGUGGCGGUGUAACAAAGAGAGGAUCGGAGGAAAGCCUGAAAAGGGCAUCGGAAACGGACGAAUGCGAACAACGAGGGUACAAAUUGAAAAUAUCUAGGAGUGGAGUGGAGAGUGGGGAGGCAGGGGGCACAAGGUGGUGGAGUCACUGCAGCCCCAUUAGGCGUGAAAAUCAUCCAGCAGGAGUUUUGGAAAAUGGCGCAGUGAUGGACAUGAGGGAGACAGAGGCUGGCCCAGGUGUGAAUGGUGCUGCUGGGGGUAUAAGGAGUGAAGGGAGAAGAAGGGAGGAGGAGGAUUGUGGACAACCAAGAGAAGCAGCGGAGCAGGCAGGGAGUCAAGUCGGAGCUACUGGUUGGAGCGAAGCCUGCCAUGGUGUCCUCCCUUCGACAGAAGUGCUAAAGCCAGCCUUGGCAGAGAACUUAAUGGAGCCGGGGUCAUGGCAUGUGCACACCGGGAUUGGGUGGUAGUGGAUCGUGUGUUGAGCGACUCGGUUCUUCCAAUUGUUUAUACAAGGAACAGGUCCGCCAUUUCCGCAACGUUCGCACUUACCUAUGGCCCCGAGUGAUGGAUGCUGCAGGCCUGCAACAGACAAAUCACAGACAUCGUGCGCACACAUCAAGUGUGGCUUGGCCGGGCUGGCAAGCGUAUCAAGGCAACAAUGAAGCGUGUCACAGUAA